UUUCCCAGUCCUUUUUAUAUCGAUUUUUUCUCUUUUCAUUUUGAAUGUUUUUUGUGGGUUAGGGACAUUCAGUAAAAUUGAUUGUUCUCUACUGUGAUCAAAAUUUCUGCAACACUGCAUAACUAAUUUCCUUCUUUUUUUGUUAAUGUUUAAUGUUCGCCUGAGGUUGAGUUGAAUGAUCGAACCCAAAUUUUCAACACCCGAAGCUCCAUUUACUGCUGAUGUUGUAGUUUUGGCUUCUGGUUGCUCACAUGCCUUAGAGAUGGCUAUUGUUGAUAUUGCUGAUCCAGGACAAAAUAUUCUUAUUCCAAGGCCUGGCUUUCCUUUGUAUUAA